GUUCUAAACAAAAUGGUAUGGUGAAUGGAAACCAGUCUAGUUCUCAUUUGGCGUGAGGUUUCACAUGGACGGAUGUUGUUGUUUCGCAGCACGUUUGUAAGAUAAAGAAAAUCGCAGCAAUUUAGAGCAAAAUGUCGGAUCAGGUCGGGCAGGACAACAAACCAGGGACCGAUUGCGAGAACGCAAAGGGAGCUGGCUCAUCAACCUCGGAAUCCAUCAAAAUCAAAGUCAGAGAUGAGGCGGGUAUGGAGGUCUUAUUCAGAGUCAAGAUGAACACGCAAAUGAGGAAAAUCAAAGAAAAAUACUGUGAGAAAGCGGAGAAGAACAUUACCCACAUUAGGUUUCUCUUUGACGGGGAGACGAUAAACGAUGACACGACACCGAAAGAGCUCGACAUGGAACCAGACGACAUCAUCGAAGUAGUCUCGGCGCAGACCGGGGGACACCGAACGCACCUUUACUGACCCUAACUGGUUUGAGAUAUUUUUCAACCUUUCUUCUGUCGUCACAUUUCACGCUGUAGGAUUUCUAUCCUUAACUUCACAGGAAGACAACGAUGUUAUCAUUCACGCAAAAUGUUUUUUUGUUUUUUGAAAUCCGGUAAUACAUUGGUUUUUAAAGGUGCAUGCCACUUUUGGUUAUACCUGUGCGAUUGGAGAUGGCAGUUGGGUAUAUACUCUGAGGGGUUGCCUUUAAUUUUGUCCAAAUAACGCACUUAUUUCUAGGUAGUCUAACAACUGUUGCAAUUCACCAACUGCUGCAAUUCAAAUAUGUUUUUUAAAAUUCUCUCCCUGUCAAAUUUCAUUAAAUUUACUUACGUUGUCAUCAGAAUGAUGGCACAUUUCGCAACAGCGGUUACACCAUCAUUGUUUUUCCUGCUCGAAUAUUUGAAUAUUUUGUCAGACCAGUUUCGAAUAACUGAGUAGUAGAUUAUUCGAAACUGAACAGCCCUGCAAAAUACACACUGAUAAGUGGGAAGCGUUGUAAAUAACCGUUUCCCCCCCCCCCCCCCAGACACAUUGUAUACCACUGUUCAAUCAGUACCAAAUUUUCAGAAUUUAUGGGAUAAUAAAGCGGUUUAUUAAAUAAGCACUCAAUUUUUUCUUCCACUGUCAAAUAAGUACACAUAAUAUAGAUUUCAAAAUGUGCAGGUCAAGAUGCAUUUCAGUUUUUGAAAAAAUUAAAAUGAAAUUUACUGGAAAAUAAUUACUGAAAAAUUAACUUUUUUUCUAAAAAGAGUUAAUUAGAAAAAGAAAAAGCAGAGGUUAUGGGUCGUUCAGUUGCUGUUUCAAGUCUUGGUCUGGUAACUGUAGGCAAGACAGUGCCAAAUACAUAGUCUGAAAUGAUUAGCACCCUACCAAGUUUAAUAGUGUUCAUGAGCUUUUGAGUUGGAAUAAGUAUUGAAAUAUCACCUCAGAUUUUUUAUGCAAUUUCGUCUUGAAUUUUUUUUUUUUUUUUUAAAUCUU